AUGAAGAGUCAAACCCCAAACCACCUUAACAAGCCACCACGGUUUUCUGCUACUUCGACUACUACGAAUGCUACUGGGUCCUCACCUUCCCCGUCCCCCACUCCUCCUGUUGGAAGAGGUAACGGCCACCGUAGAUCAAAUUCAAGAUACGGUAGCAGUGGCAAUACCCCUAAUCCCUCCUCCAAUGGAAAGUCAUCCAAUGGAGAAGAGAAAGUGGCUCUGGUAAAAUUAACAGGCAUUGUUUCAAAAGCUGUGGGUAAGAAGGUUACAGCUACCGUCUCUAGUGGUGCUCGUUAUCAAGGUUUGUUGGUGAGCGCAGAUACUGCAGAUAAUUCUGGUCUAUCAGUUGCUUUAUACAAACCAGUUUUGGUUCAAUCAAGUCCUUUCAAUGACAAAUCAAAUGUUGACACAGCCCUACCAGAAAAAAUGAUUGUAAAACUGUCUGAUUUGGUUGAUCUUGAAAUCUUGAAGUUGGAUAUUCUGGAUUCCACUGUUCCAGACGGUUCUACUCCAAGAAAAGCGCAAACGCAAACUGCAACUCCAGCAUCCAUUCCCGUUUCCAACGCUACACCCUCGUAUCAGAGCCAAACUUCUACUAAGUUCAAAACAGACACCGAUAUUUCUAGAAGCGCAUUUAAAGAACGUGAACUUCAGAGAUGGGUACCUGAUGACCACGAUGUCCUGAUGAACACAAGCCUUUCACUUGAGGACGACUUCAAAUCGAACAAGAACAACUCUGGAUGGGAUCAAUUCAAAGUUAACCAAGAUAAGUUUGGUAUUGAUUCUUCGUUUGAUGAGCAUUUGUACACUACCAAAAUAAAUAAGCUGACUCCUGAAUACCAGGAGAGAUUAGCUAGAGCCUCUAAGAUAGCCAACGAGAUUGAAUCACUGCUGACUUCUGACCGUCAUAUUUUAGAGGAAAGAGGAAUGGUUGUCGAUGAUAGUGGGAUGGAUGAAGAAGAUAAAUACUCUGGUGUUGACAGAAGAGGAGAUGAAUUGAUGGCUGCACUUAGAGGUCCAUUGGGUAACAGCACUCAAAAUGUAUCUGGUAAGCCUGACAUCACACCUCAAGACCAACAGAAGUAUAAUCCGCAUGAAAAGAGGGCUGCAAGAUUCCACAAUGAUCCUGCAAUUGUUCUUAGUAGUGCUACAGGAGGAUCAUUAAAAUCAUCUACACCUCCAAGUCCAGCCACAGUUUCGACCGCUGUCCCAGGUCCAGCUCAACCAAAAGCUCUGGAAUCAUCGUCUCCAAGUGCAGCUGGUACUACUACUACUACGGCCAGCAGCACAUCGGCUUUGAAGAGCAAGCCAACUUCAAUUCCUCCCAAACCACCAGUAGCGCAAUCUACGGAGCAAUUCAGAUUGAACUCCCAAAGCGAAAUCAAUGCUCUUAGAGAAUUUAGUGCAAACUUUAAAAUUCCCCACAAGUUACCUAACGACUUAUUACCAAUAUUAUCCAAGGAUCAAAAGAAGCAGGAAGAGAUAAUCAAGAAACAGAGCGAUUCGCUGCAAGCUCUGACGAAAGACUCGAAAUCUGUGAAGGAAAGCAAACCCACCCCUGGUCCAAAUGGUUCACCAACUAACUCACUUUCUACAACUACGUCAACUACACCUCUUUUAGCACGAAAGAAGUUAGAAAAUACCAAGUCAACUUUCAAUCCUAAAGCAGCUUCUUUUACCCCCGGUAAUGUUGCUAAGCACCCUCUGCUGUCACCAAUUGCUCAAAAAUCCACAUAUCAUAGACCUUCGAAUACCAAUCCAUCUCCCAGGGUAAGCAAUCAAAGGCCAUAUUCUUCAAGUCAAGGAAGUACUGGCACUUCUGGUACUGGCUCCUCAUCCAAAAGGCUGCAUCAUAUUAGUGCUGCAGAUUUCUUUGGUAGCCAAUCAAAAGUUCCAACGAAAGAAAGUCAAGAACAGAAGCUUAAACUUUUCAAUGAUCUGUUUUGCUUUUUUGCAAGCACAAGAAGAAGGUUUAGGGAAGAAAAGAAGGAAGGCCAUGUGACAUAUGAUCGUCCUUAUCAAACUCCACCAACAUGGAAUUCUACAAUCGACAUGAGUCAUGAUCAAGUGUAUCCUAACCCUGAUAGCAUUCCAAAGCAAGCAGUUGGUAUGAUGAUUCCUGAUUCAAGUCCAUUUAUGCCUAAUCCUAUGUUGAAUGGGCCAACAGGAAUGUCUGCUGCUGCGUUUGGUGGGAAUUACGGUGGGCUAAACAGCAAGCUUCCACUUAAUGCACACCAACAACAAUUGGCUUCAAUGGCUGCGUUCCAUCAACUGCAACAACAACAACAAUUCCAAGCUGCCAUGAUUUAUCAGCAACAGCUAGCAGCAGCUGGUGGUGGCAUACCCCCUGGUCAGUCACCUAUGCCCAUGUAUUCCAGUACUGAUCCAUUUUUACCACCUGGGGCUCCCUCCGGGUUCAUUGCACCGCCCGGUAACUUUAUUGGAUCUGGAUCUGGAUCUCCUGUCAACAAUCAUAUGAUUUUGAACAUGGGACAAGGAGGUCCCGGAGGAGGAGGUAACCCCAAUAUUGGAGGAGGACCAGGAUAUCAAGGAGGAAAUUAUGGUCACCAUGGAGGAAGAAGGUACAAUAAUAGUAAUAAUAAUAACGCUGGAGGUAACAAGAGAAGCAACUGA